AUGUCGGUGAAUUCGGUGCAUCACCAGCGUGACCUCAGUCAUAAUCGAUUUGGCGAUCAUACCUCCAUCUACCAGGGCGACCAUUACCAUCUGCCCCACCCGCCGGCCCGCGCCGAAGUCGUCCGCGUCAUUCCAUAUCCCCGCAACGAGGACCUGGUCCGUCGUGGGGAUCUCCUCGACAGAUUAGACAAGCUUUUACCGCAAACGCCGGGAUCCCAUAGCGCCGCGCUCUGGGGCCUAGGGGGAUCGGGUAAGACACAGAUUGCACUAGACUAUGCGUAUCGACGAUGCGACGCCGACGAUGAAUGCUGCGUCUUCUGGGUGCAUGCAGACAAUGAAGCGACGUUUUUGGCCGAUUAUAAGACGAUCGGGAAGAAGCUCGGAGUCGACGAGCGGCUUGAGGGGUCGGAUCUGCUCGAUGUGGUGCGCAGUGGGAUCGAAGCUCGAUCGAAAUGGGUGAUGAUCGUCGACAACGCGGAUGAUCUGAGGUUGUUUGGAGUGGGUCAACAAGAAAAAGGAGAAGGGACGAAAGAGAACGAGAAUCUACGGAAAUAUGUCCCUCGUACCUCGCAAGGGACGGUACUAUGGACAAGCCGAGACGCGCACAUCACUGGCACGCUUGUCGGAGCGCCUCGAAGUAUUGAGGUACGGGCUAUGGCCAUGGAUGAGGCGACGACGCUCUUGGCAAGAGCGAGAGACGAUCCGUCGACUUCGAAGGAGGCAAGAGUGGAUACUUUGCUGGAAGAGCUGCAAUGCCUGCCGUUGGCGAUCUCGCAAGCCGGCGCGUAUAUGCGGCGUAUGUCCAUGACGACUGAGCAGUACCUAGGCCGCCUCAGGCAAGGCCAGUCUCGGUGGGAAGUGCUGAAGAUGAGCGAUGCUGACCGACAUCGACGGCCGGAAGUACCGAAUAGCGUGCUUGAGACGUGGAGGAUCUCGACGGAGCGGAUCCGAGUGGAGAGCGAGAUGUCAUACGGCAUUCUCCACGUGAUUGCGUAUGUGGACAGUCAAGACAUACCGCACGAGUUGGUGAUGGCAGUAGCCAAUCGAUACAGUGUUAGCGAUAAGGGCCCAACCAGACAAGCUACGGAGCUUGAGGUUCUGAAAGCUAUCACACGACUGAAAGAGUUUUCUUUUCUUAGCCAACGCCAGACGGAGGAUGGCGGGCGGAGCUAUGAGAUGCAUAAGCUUGUGCAAGAAGCUGUACGAUAUGGGCUGGUGGUAAGAGACUCGAUGGAGACGACUAUGGGCAAGGCACCAUGGGUAGAGAGCAAGCCGAGCGAACCGGAGAAUGAUGAAGCAUACUAUUCCGGGAUGGCUCUGCAGGUAGUAGAUGACCUUUUCCCGCCAUCAGAACCGACUUCGUGGGGGCGAUGCGAGCAGUAUGUGACGCAUGCCAUACGAGUAGGAGAGUGGGCGGAGGUGAGCGGGACGGAGAUCGAGACAGCAGCUCUACUUCAAAGAGUGUCGCGCUUUCUGUAUGACGGAGGACGAUGGAGGGAGAAGGAGCCGGUAGAUAAGAGGGCACUGGAUCUCCGACGAGAGGCACUUGGAGAGAAGCAUCUAGAUACGAUCGGGAGCAUGGCGAACCUCGGGGCGACGUACCAUGCGCAGGGCCUAUAUGACGAGGCCGAAAAGUUGAAGGAUGAAGCACUGAAACUCCGACGAGUUAUGUUUGGGGAGAAGCAUCCUGAUACGAUCAGCAGCAUGGCGAACCUCGCGGCGACGUACCAUGCGCAGGGUCGACACGGCGAGGAUGAAGAGAUUGCGGUCAAAGUACUGGAUCUCCGACGAGAGGUACUUGGAGAGAAGCAUCCUGAUACGAUCAGCAGCAUGGCGGACCUCGCGGCCACGUACCAUGCGCAGGGCCGAUAUGACGAGGCUGAGGAGAUUGCGGUCAAAGUAUUGGGUCUCCGACGAGAGGUGAUUGGGGAGAAGCAUCCUGAUACGAUCGGGAGCAUGGCGAAUCUCGGGGCGACGUACCAUGCGCAGGGCCGACAAGGCGAGGCAGAAGAGAUCGCAGCUAAAGUAUUGGAUCUCCGACGAGAGGUGCUUGGAGAGAAGCAUCUAGAUACGAUCAGGAGCAUGGCGGACCUCGGGGCGACGUACCAUGCGCAGGGCCGAUAUGACGAGGAUGAAGAGAUUGCGGUCAAAGUAUGGGGUCUUCGACGAGAGGUACUUGGGGAGAAGCAUCCUGAUACGAUCAGGAGCAUGGCGGACCUCGCGGCGACGUACCAUGCGCAGGGCCGAUAUGACGAGGCUGAGGAGAUUGCGGUCAAAGUAUGGGGUCUUCGACGAGAUGUGCUUGGGGAGAAGCAUCCUGAUACGAUCGGGAGCAUGGCGGACCUCGGGGCGACGUACCAUGCGCAGGGCCGAUAUGACGAGGCUGAAAGUAUUUACCUUAAAGUACUAGAUCUCCGACGAGAGAUGCUUGGGGAGAAGCAUCCAGAUACGAUCAGCAGCAUGGCGGACCUCGCGGUGAUAUACCAUGAGCAGGGUCGAUAUGGCGAGGCUGAGAGACUGAAGGAUGAGGCACUGGAUCUCCGACGAGAAGAACUUGGGGAGAAGCAUCCUGAUACGAUCUGGAGUAUGGCGGACCUCGCGGCGACGUACCAUGCGCAGGGUCGAUAUGGCGAGGCCGAGCGGCUUCAUCAAACCGCUUUAGACCUUCGCCGGCAUGUGCUUGGAGAAAGUCAUCCGCAUACGAUGCAAAGCAUGGCGUACCUCGCCUCAACGCAGGAGGCGUUACAACAACUACCGUCUCUUGUGGAGUCAGUCUAG